CGUGCAACCUCCUAAUCUAGACGAAUGGCAACAUCUCGUUUGAUGUCGGACUUGAACGACUCUAAUCCCAAACAAGACACCUCGAAGGACACACCACGAUCAGAGUGUCGCCCCAACCAGGCAGCAAUAUACGACCGAUCUCUCGGAAUGCAAUUUGACGGGCAUACAAAUGCCCUGUCUCCUGCCCGGUCUGCCAAGGUUGGCCUACUCGAGGUAUUCCGGUCACUUUGUCUGCCCUUCAUUAUGGCGAGUACCCUCACAGCAGUUCUGUUCUGGUCGUCUGCACUUGCUGUGUCUUUGCCUGUCAACCUGCAUGUGAAGCGUGUCAUUGACUCUGGUCUUGCCAACAUCCAUGUCUCGUACGAUGAGCCUAUCCAGUCUGAGGUUGUCGUCACUUACGGUCCCUGCAAGGCGAAAGGCCCAGCAGAAGCCCACCACCUCGUCGGGCGAGCAGAGCAUUGCAAUCAUGACCGACUUCUAUGGAAAGUGCCAGAUACUGCUCCCACUGGACAAUGUCUCUCGGCAUGGAACAGUAAGAACAGCUUGAUCGGUCGAAGCGCCCCGAUCUUGCUUGCACCAAACGUCAAAACCACACGUCGACGGCUAAGGAAGAGGCAGGCUGAUUUCAGCGUCGCAAUGGACAACUCCAGCGGCAUCGAUGCCGAGGGACCAUGGUUCGACGGUGUCGCCCUACUCAAGAACAAGCAGAUCAGUGCUGUGAAUGCACGUGCAGCCAAGUCCAAGGAGAUCGCGAUAGUUGGUGGCGGUAUGGCGGGCUUGAUGACCUGGCUUGCGUUGAACCAGUCCGGCCUGACAAACCUGUCUAUCAUCGAAGCUAGUCAGAGGCUAGGCGGACGAGUGCAUACGGCUUACUUCGGCGACCCGAGCGAUAGGCAGUAUCAGGAAAUGGGACCGAUGAGGUUCCCGUUGUCAAUCACGUCGUCUGAGACAAAUGAGACGCUUCAAAUCCAAGACCAUCGCAUUGUCUUCGAUCUCGCAGCUGAGGUCAAUCGGCUUAACCACAAUAAUACCAACUUCACAGUCAACUUCAUUAAAUGGUAUCAAACCAGUCCGAAUGGACUGUACUACGUCAACGGCUCGCGAUUACCCAACGGUAAGAGCCCCACUGUAUCGCAAGUCCGCUCGAACGCCUCUCUCGCUGGAAUUUCCUCUGUCGAGGACGAUCCGAGACUCGCCGAGCUCAACACACGCAUCGAGAACGUAAUGGACAACGAGACCUUUAUAGCGCAGAUGGCCAAGAACGUUUACAUGGCUCACAAAACGUUUCUGGACACCGGUCUCGGCGGAAUCGGCGGCGACGACUGGUCCGAAUUCGCCUACGUGCACAAUUACCUCAAGUACGCGCUGAACGACACGUUCGUGGCCCUUGGUGACCCGGGCAGCGAGAGUUUCUGGGACAACCUGUAUGAGUCCAUGUACUUCUCCGCGACCGACUGGCGGACCAUCGACGGCGGGCUGACACGGCUUCCGUCCGCUUUUCAUCCCUUGAUCGACGGAAUCACCCAUAUGAACCGCAAGGUCCAGCGCAUUGAGUUCAACGAGAGCUCGCAGCGUGUGACACUGCAGUGGAAGUCGAAAGCUUUAGACCGGACGUUCCAAAACGCGAGCUACGAUCUUGCAGUUGUGACUGCACCGUUGGCACUCGUGCGCACGUGGCGGCUGCCAGGCUUCUCAGACCUGUUGCAGAUGGCAAUCGACACGUACCCGUACGAGCAGGUUUGUAAGGUUGCGCUGCAAUUCAAGUCACGGUUCUGGGAGCAUUCUGCACUUCCCAUCUACGGCAGCUGUAGUACGACCACGGAUAUCCCGGGGAUUGGAAGUAUUUGUUAUCCAAGCUACGAUAUCAACUCAACCGCGAUGGGGGUAAUGUUGGCAAGUUACACGUCGAGUGACAGUGGCUUGAGGUGGGCGAGUAUACCCCAGAACGUGCACGUUCAGUAUGUGGUUGAUGCGAUGGCCGAAAUCCACGGCGACGUGGUGUAUGACCAGUACACGGGCAAUUAUAACCGGCGGUGCUGGGUUUUGGAUCAGUACGAGACUAUCAGUUGGGCUAGCCCGGACGCUGGUAUGAGAAAGGCAUUUAUCCCGGCCUUCUUCAAGACGGAGAAAGGUGUGGUUAUGAGUGGUGAGGGAACGAGUUAUACCAGUUCGUGGAUUGCAAGUGCACUGGAGAGCGGUGUCAGGGCCGCCACGCAGGUCUUGCUGGAGUUGGGGCUGGUUGAUGAGGCGAAAGACGUGGUCAACAAGUGGAUGGCGAGAUGGAUAGAUGUCUGAGAAGACCUCUAUUUCAGAGAUGAACACCAAGUACUAGCCUUGAGUACAAGCUAAAUCGAUAGGAAGAGAUAAACAAUUCUUCCUGAUCGGAUAUGCAUGCUCUCCUGGUCUUCCUGGAGAUUUGUUAGAUGGCAAGGCUGAACCUCGAUUGGGGCGAAUUCCAGCCAUUCCCUAGUCACAUAUUCCAUCUUUGGAGAUUUCCCUCCCUUUUCACCUCAUCCCAG